AUGUUGGCUCGCAAAAUAACUUAUUGGAACUGGACUGGACGGUCGGCGGAAAGAGAGAAAGAAAAAAAAGGUGGAGCUCGAGGUAACAGUCUCCUGACUAUUGUUGUAAUCGUCAACAUUUUAUUUAGUGGCGUCUCCAUCGGGUUUCUAAUUUACAAAGUAAGAUCGUUAGAGGAACAGGUGUUUCAGCUUCAGAAAGACUCAUCAAAGACAGGCCAGACAAGAGAACGACAAAAUGAAACCUGGUAUGACUUACGGCAUCGAAGCAAAAGAGCUGCUGAUUCUCUAGGGGAAUCAAAAAGCUGCACUAGUUGCCACAAUGCUUGUGUCAAAUUAUUUGGACUAGGAGCUUCGGCAAAGGUUACUACUAAAAUAGGCAACGAAACAGAUCAACAGGUCAUCUGUAUGAGAGGAGCUCAAGGGCCGCAAGGCAAGGAUGGGCCCCGGGGACGUCGGGGUCGUCCAGGGUACAUUGGAAAGGCAGGAAAAAGAGGCCCUCCUGGAGAGCAAGGACUUCCAGGCCCUAAAGGAAGACCUGGAAAAGCUUUCUCUGGAAAUACCUCAAAGCUAGUGGAGAAUAUAGAUGUACCCAAGAUAACGAAGAAGCCGCUGUCCAGUGUCACAGCGAACGAAGGAAGCAGAGUCUCCUUUUCCUGCGAAUCUUUAGGUUUUCCCAAACCCGAGAUCACGUGGUACAAGAAUAACCAAAGGAUGGAAAGUAGUCAUUUUAACAAAGAGACAGGGGAGAUCACAUUUUCAAGCAUUCAGUUUAGCGAUAGGGGCUCGUAUAAAUGCGAGGCACGCAAUUUCAUAGGCGUCGACUCUGCGACGGUCGAGGUCGUUGUUGAAGUUCAACCAAGAUUUAUUCAGAAGCCUGAGAUAUACCACCCCGGCUAUGAAACUUGGGAGACGACUCUAUCAUGCAACAUCUUUAGCUUUCCUCCGCCAAGGAUACAAUGGACUCGCUCGUUUCGGCCAUUACCUGUUCACCGUCACGUGGUGAUUGGAAAACAUUUGGUGAUCAAAGACACUCGGCAGGAAGACAGAGGGCCUUACAUGUGUCGCGGAGAAAAUCACCUGGGUCACGUAUAUGCACUAAUCGUGCUGGUUGUCAAACCUGUCACUCCUCCAGUGAUCACUGCUGCACCAUCUUCCUUUCUUAAGGUAAGAAACAUCUUUGAUAAAGUAACACUGCAAUGUGCUGCCCGUGGGUCUCCCGUGCCCAGUCUGGAGUGGAGCAAGGAUGGUGUGGUUAUUUCAACCAACAGAACUACAAAGACUGGCGAAGAAGUGAAAGGAGAACUUGUUAUUCAGCGCUUUAGUCCUUCCGACCAAGGAGUGUACAAAUGUUUCCUUAAAAACUACGACAAUGGAACAGCAGAAACUACUACUACACUAGAGCUCGUUGGAUGUGGAGACCCUGGUGUCCCUGUUCAUGGAUACAAGGUUGGGGAGAAUUAUUGGGGAGGAGAAAUGGUGACUUAUGCCUGUGACGCAGGAUACCACUUGGAAGGACCUACGAAAAGACUGUGCUUAGAAAAUGGCAACUGGAGCAACGUUGUGCCAACAUGCCAUCGUCUGUGCGAGGAACCUGCUCCAAUUGAAAAUGGUUACAGAAUAGGAAGUACGUUUUGGAAAGGCAGAAACGUCACUUACGAGUGUAACAAAGGAUACCAGCUUCGAGGACCACAUGUCAGAAUUUGUAAGGAGAAUGGGAACUGGACGGAAGAAGAACCAACAUGUGAAGGUCCGGAGUUCGAGCAUUCUGAAAUCCUUCUCAACAAAACUAAUUAUUGGGAGCUUCUUAAAGGCUGGCUGGGUCCUGUGUCUACACUGCCAGCCAAGUGGAAGCUAUGCUACAGAGCAACGGAUCAUGGAUGGGGCUCCGGUACAUUUCAUUCGCAGUGUAACAAUCUCGGACCCACGGUGACUUUCAUAAGAGUGGGAGAGUAUAUGUUUGGAGGAUACACUGACCGAAACUGGCACUCAGGCGGCUCGUACACAGACUCAACCCACAGUUUCCUAUUUUCAUUUAAGAAUCGCGAUGGACUGCAUCCUUUUAAGCUUCACAUCAAGUAUAGCGAGCAUGGCAUCUACGGUAACAACGGUUACGGCCCAACAUUUGGUGGGGGACACGACAUUUACAUUGCCGAUAAUGCAGGUUCAAACACAAACUCUUAUACAAACUUGGGUCACAAUUAUGUUCAGCUUACCGGCUACAGGUACGGUGCUAGCAAGACGAAAAGUCUGUUAGCGGGAAGCUACAAUUUCCAGCCUCAUGAAUUGGAAGUAUUUUAUCAGACUUACCAUUGAACAACUGAUUUUACUCAACCGCUUGAACUGAUCAUGAGCUGGUGUUAUUCAAAGCAAUUUAACUUAUAACUUGUAGCUUAAAGAUGAAUUAAAUGAAAAGCUUCAAAUAUUUUCUCGUAGAAUAAUUCUUAAAUCAAAGUAAGUAAGCUAUUAGAUAUAUGGUCAUUCAUAGCGCUGUUAUUGUAUAAAAUUGGCAUGGUCCGGAAAAACGUUGUGGCUAGGAAAGAUGUAUAACUUAGGAUUUCGAAAGCUAACAGUGUUCUAACUGUUUCAGUGGAAAAAUAAGAUGACACUUUGAUUAGUCUGAUGCAAUUUACAAUGAGGCUUAUGAUAACAAUAAAGUGUUUAUUUCUCAAUGUCA